AUGAAUUCGAUCGGAACAAUCAACACAUCUUACAUAGUGGAAUAUGACGAAAAUAGUGAAAAUGAUCAGAAUCUAGACAAUAAAUUCAUAGUUAAAGUUAAAUCUUCAAAUCUAAAUGAUGUCAUCAUUUUAUUUAAAGAACCGAAUUUCGAAAGAUUCAUUCAUGAAGCAUUCAAUUGCUUCAUUGUGUGCGUCGAGUUUGAAAGCAAUGAAGAAGAAGAAGACGAUGAUGAUGAAUAUACAGCAAUGCGUUUGGCGGAAACAUUCAAGGCUGAUCGACUUAUCAUUUUGGAAUUAAAUCAAAAUUUGUGGAUUAAAAAAUGUUUUCAGAAAAUAUUUUCUAAUUUAAAAAGUCCAAUAAUGAGGAUGUAUCAUCAACUUUUAGAGGACAUCAAUUAUGAAGGGAAUUUUCUUAACACACAUCUAGAACUAUUACAUUCAAAGUACCAUAUAGGACCAGGCACAGAAGAUUUUGUGAUAAAAAUAAUAAAAUUGUUUAAAUUUAAGAAUCAAAAGGAAGUUGAUGAGGAGUUAUUCGAAAUGGCCAUAAAACAAAAGUGCUCAUUUGAAGUCAUUCAGUCGAUGAUUGACUUCCAUAAAGAUUCAUCAAAUGGAAUUAGCAAACAUGCAGUCAAUGCUUUGUUUUUGGCUAAAGGAAUGAAAGUGUUUGAUGAAGAAACUAUUCAAAAUUAUAAACAGAAAUUGACGAAGAAAGAAAAGGAAAAAAUCACAGAUGAAAUUGGAAAAUUUCAUAGCAAUAAGGACUCAUUGCUGUUGCAUGUAUGUUCAAGAUCAAGAAUAGCUCUUAUCGUUGAAGUAAAAGAAGAUGAGCAGCUGCAGAAGAUUAAAGAAUUUUACAAGGACCUAAUUGAUCUUAAUUUAGAUUCAGUAUCAAAUUUGCUAAAGAUUGUCGAUCACAAGCUUCUCAUUAUCUUUGACUUUGAUUCCGACUCGAUAGAACGAUCAUACUUGAUGGGAUCAAGAUACAAUCGAGGAAUCUUUGACCAAGAUCGAAUGAGAAUUUACAUUGGCGCCAAGAAUUCGAAUAAUCCAUCAAGUCAGGAAUACAUAAACAGACAUUGGGAAAUAAUCGGAAUCUUGAUCCACGAGAUUUGUCAUUAUGUCAACUUUAAAGUAUUCAACAACAACUGCAAGCCUUAUCAAAAGGAUGAUGCCAACAUUCAAGAAUAUGAAAGAAUUGUCAAUGAAUAUAAAAGUUGGAUUGAUCAUCAUGAAAUUGUAGGCAGAGUUUUUAGUAAUUAUGAAGAAACAAUGUGGCAUGCAGAAAUGAUUGUUCGUGUUGUUCAAAUGAUUGUCACGUAUAAAGUUCUGAAUUCUAAGCAUUUGAAGAGUCUUGAAGAAAAAUAUCAAAGUUUAUUUUCGUACUUUAAUAACACAGUUAUGCCACAAAUUAAAGAGUAUCUUGAUCCAGACAAUCAGAUUAAAAGACAAAUCAAGGAAGUUUCUUCAUUUAGAUUGAAUCAGUUUGAGAUUAAGCCUGUCAAGCAAAUAAUAAACUUCGAUGAAGAAAAAUAUAUUCACUUUAUGGAAUCAAAUUCACUAAAGUUAGCCAUGGCAAUGUUCUGUUUGAAUUUUGCUGACGAUUUUGCAAUAUUUACAACAUUUACGGAUUUGAUGGACGAGUUUAAAGGAAAUGAAGUUUUGCAACUUUGGAGCAGUGAUUGGAGGAUCAAAAUUGUGAUCUUUUGUGAUCAAAUCAAUGAAAGUUCAAAAUUUGAUGAAUGUAUCAAGAAACUUGACAAUUCAGACAGAUUGAAUCAAAUAUUCAUCAUUUUUGAGGAACAAUCGCAAAACAUUAAAAAGCUUAAAUUAAAAUUCACGAAAAAGAUUGAGAAUCUAGAAAAUAUGAACUUUAAUUUCACAAGUUUAACUGAAGAGUCAAAAGACUUAAUUCUACAAAGAGAUGUGAUAUUUCAAGGAAAUCAAACUACAUUAAACAAAAUCAUUACAAAAGAUUCAAAAGCUGCUCAAUUUCUUCCAAUAAAUCACUUGUUAGAGUCUUCAGAUCCAAUUGUCAUAGGAAGGUUGCCUGAAAAGAAUACUGACUAUGAUGAUAAGAUGUUUAUUGAAAGAAAAUUGACUCACAAAAUUAAAAAUCAAGUUAAAGAGUUCUCUACAGAAAAUAUGGAUGACAUUGUGAAGCUAUUAUCCACAAAAAAGUACAUAAUAAUAUCAGAUGAAGUUGGAAAAGGAAAAUCAACUUUAAUGACUUAUUUGGCUUAUCGAUUCCUUAAAAGUGCACUUCCACAUAUUGAAGGCAAAUUCUUCGUUGUCAAAGUUAACCUUUACCUUUAUGCAAAUAUUUUAAGAGAAUUUGAAAGAAAUUUUAAUUUAGUUGAAUUUGUUUUCGAUAAUUUUGUAAAAUCAUCAGAUUUCAAAGAGUUUGAACGAAAGGUAUUUGAAGAAUAUUUUGAGAAAGAAAAAGUCAUUUUAAUGCUUGAUGGAUUGGAUGAAGUUUUACCAACUUGUGAAACACAAACUUUAAGAAUCAUUCAAGAUGCUUUUAGAUUUGAUUCAUUAAAAGUCAUAAUAGCAACGAGGCCAUUUGUUCUGAAUAAAUUAGAAACUUCUAAGACAGUUGUACUGAGUUUAAGUCCGAUUCAAUCAAGUGACCAACAAAAUUUCUUGACGAAAUAUUUUAAAUCACAAAAUCAAAUCGCAAAAAGAUUCUCGAAAUCUGAAUUUGAUGAACUGAUUAAGAUAAUGAUGCAUAAGCUCUUCAGCGCUGUACGAGAAAAUUCUGAUGAUUAUAAAAAUGAAAAAAUUUUGUUGUCAUCUCCAUUGCAUUUGAAGAUGUUUGCUGAAGUAAUUUGCAAAAAAAUUCUGAACAGCAAAUGCAAAUUCGAGGAUGCAAUUAGCAGCAUAACAUUCUUAAAUAUGUACAAAAUGUUCGAUGAAUUCUUUCAAAAUAAACUGGCAAUUGCACUAGAACAUAAAGGAAAGGUGGUUAAAGAUGAAAUAAGAAAUUUGGAAUUAAAGGGACACAGAAGACCUGAUUUUUACAAUUCUGGCAGAAAACUAGCUUGGAAUACGCUUCAUCCUUCUUAUAGAGAAAAUCCUAUUGAAAUUAAUGAAAAAGAAAAAGAUUUAUUGCAAUACUAUGGAGUAGUUUCAAAACAAAAUAACGAAAUUCAUUUCAUUCAUCGAUCGUACGCAGAAUUUUUCAUCGCACAUUUGUUUAUAGCAAUAUUAAUUGAAGGAAAUUGUUCAUCCUUAUCUAAUUUUGCAAAAGAAAAUUUUCUCGUCAGCAUUUUGACAGGAUAUGAUCUUGAAACAAUUAAAGAAUUUAUUGACACAGCACUUUCUGACAAAAACUUAUAUGACGAGAUUUCAAAUGAUAGCUUUGAAUGCUUAGGCAAAUUCAUAAUAAAUGAAUUCAAAACACUAGAAGGAAAUGACAAAAAUUUCUUGCACUGUGCGUUUUUUCAUGAAUUAAAUCAUGGCUUGCAUAGAAUUCCUAGAAAAGAUUAUGUUUUUGUAUCACAUUUGAUGGUUCAAUCAUUAAUUUACUGCAAUGAUCAAGAAGAUGUUGAUGUAAUUAAGAAUAUCCUCCAAUUACCGUGGGAUAUAAAUAAUAUACCAGAGCAUUUAAAAUCACCAGACUACAAAUAUUUGUACACAAUGGAAACAGGAAAAAAUCUUUUUCAUCUAACUUGUGAGUUAGGAAUUAAUUCAUUGCUUUUGGUGGUUUGGGACUUGGCCUUAAAGGUAUUUCAAGAAGAUGCAAAAGAGUUUUUCUUUACAAAAAGUUCUACGUCACCAUACGAUUUUAACUAUGAUGCAGUUUAUUUUGCAUUUAGACGAAUUGAGCGAAAUGAAGGAAAAUUUACUUUACAACAAUGUUUAAACAUCGAUGAAAUGCGCCUUUUUAAAAAUGUUAAUAUUUUUAAGAAAAUUAAUUUGAAUGAAGCUGAUAAUUUUCAAUCAUCAUCGCUUUAUCUUCUUUUUGAAAUUAUGAAAAAUUUAAGAUUAAGCGACGAAGAAGUUUAUGAAAUUUACUUAUCAAAUAUUGAAUUAAUUUAUAAAUACGAAUUUCUUUUACUAAAUCUAAAUUUCUUAAAGGAGAAACUCACAGAAAAUAACUAUCAAUUAAGUUUUGAAAUUAUAUUUGCAAUAUGCCUGCAAAGUAAAAAUCGCUGGCCUUUUAUUAAUGACUUGAAAGCAUCAAUUUUAUAUUCAGAAUUGAAAAAUAUUUACAGCGACUUGGAAAAGUUAAAAGAAUUUUUUAACAUUCGACCGCAUUUUUUUGAUUUAUUCUUUGAAGACGAAAGCAACGAGCAGGCAUUUAAUAUAUGUUUACAGACGUAUUUCAAUAUACUAGAUGAAGAUCAUUUAACAAUGCUUUUAUUAAACAAGAGUAAUGAUAAUAAAAAUAUAAUUAAUAAAAUAUUUUCUUCAGUUGAAAAUAAAUGGAUUGCCAUUGGAAGGAAACAAUUAAUACUAAAUUUACUGGAAUCAAAAUAUACAGAUAAGGAAAAGCUUUUUACUAUUUUCGAACAAUCUCAAAUAUUAGAAGUUUGCAGAUUGUCAGAAGAAAAUUUCUCUUUAGUUAAUGCAUUUUGUGAAAAACAUUUUGAAAAAUCUAAAAUUCAAGCCUUAUUGUUUUCUCCUGAAAAUAGAGUUUAA